GGCAGCACGAAGGGGACCGCCAGCUGUGGCCAUGGUGGGCUCCUGCAGCCGGCACGUCCCACGUCUGGACAUUACUGUGGUGGCCACUGCCAAGCCAGCGCACAGGCAGAGAGUGGCCCAGCGAGCUAUGCGCCACGCUCAGGGAAGGCCUUUCUGCCCGCUGCUCUGGGGAGCCCGUCUGUGCCCUCCACACCCCCGGAGCCAGCCCGCGAAACGAUGCCCCCUGCACGAAGACAGCGAGGGCGAGCGGGACUGCAAACACCGGCUCCUGGGGACACGUGGGCAAAGACCACGGGACAGCCAUGUGUUUUUCCUGGUGGAAGUAUCGCUGCCCCCAUUCGACGCGGGCCACGAGGGCACACAGCGGGGCAGGACGUGCCGAAGGCCACGCAGAGCCAGUGGCAGGAGGGGAACACAGCCUGGGUUUCUCUUCCCUGCCCACCAGACCCUGCCGUGCUCCCGGGUCCACCGACCACGCAGGAAUCCAGGCUUUCCUUCCAGUGCCGUACGUGGCUGCGCGUCUGGACCGCGGUUUGCAGCCGUGCUGUACGCAUCCUGUUCCUCUCCUCGCAUCGCCCACCAAACCGCUGUGUCUGCAGCUCCGGUGCGGACACGGCAGCGUGGCCAUGAAACCCGGGCCCGGCUGGCCGAGCUGAAGCCCAAGCGUGGGCUCACACCAGGUCCCAAAGCCCCUCAGGAUGAGGGCCAAGGGAGGUGGAGAAGGAAAGUCCUGGAGCCAGGAGGGUGCAGAGAGCCACUUUCCCCGCGGCUGGCAUGGGGGGGCCGAGCCGAGCCCUGGGCCCGGCUGCCCGCAGCAAGCACGAGGCCCCGGCUGCUCCCGCCGGCCCGGCAGAGCUGGGGAGCGGUGCCCCCUCUCCGGGAAACCGCAGCGCCGGAGACAGGCAGCUGCUCCAAGUCCUCUUUGCCUAGGGACAUUUCUGCCAAAAACUCCAAUGCUGACAUUUUCCCACUGACGUUUUUGAGUCCGGGGCCAAACUAGUUUGAUGAAAAAGAAUGAAAUUUUCUGUGGGAAAACAGGCGCUUUUCAUGGAAAAAUCCCCUUGGUAGGAAAUCAGAUUAUCCCGCCCAGGCCAGCUGCCGAAGCUGCAGCCGCAGGCACUCGCCCCCUCCGGCUGGCACUGCCGACCCACUGCAGCUGGGCCAAAUGCUCCAGGGGGUUUAAACCAGAUGCUUGGGGCCGUUUCACCUGCACGCUGCGCUCUGCUCCUCAGCCGAGCCCUCGGCUCCAGCAGGGAGCUGGGCCUUCUGCACGGGCACCUGACUCCGGCAGCUGGGGCUUGAAGCAAAACGCUGAGCAUCGCCCGUCGCGGUCACGGGCGGGGGCUGGCGUGGACAGAGCAACCCGCCGCAGUGCAGAAGGCCUCGUUCGCACCAAGCUCGCACCCCUCUGCGUGUGCAAGAGGCCCCUGCUGUGCCACGUAGCCCCAGGACUACGCGGGGCCGAGGUGCACGCGGGGACACGGCCGCGCACGGCACCGGAGCCGCGAAGGAGCCCGGCUGCGCCUCGCAGCCCCGUUUGCCUCUGGAUCUUGCAAGCCUUCCCCAGAGCCCUGCAAUUAGCUGCUUGGGACCAUUAGCCUCUGAGGGUCGUUAAUGAAGGGAGCCACCGGCUGCCGGGCAGCUGGUUUUGUUUACCUCUGCUUUUAUUUUAAAGAGGAACCUUUGCCCCCUCUUCUCUGACCCCUUCUUUCAUUUCAGCUAAUUACAUUACAGCCAACUUCCCCGCGCUCAGGAAUUUCCGGAUCUACUUUGUCGCCUGCUGCUACAGGCAGAGUCUGCUUGGAGUUAGAGGCACGGUGCCCGCGCCCGCGCCGCCGGCCCGCCGCCUGCCGGGAGGGAGCGCUGGGCUACCGUGCAGGGAGCGCCCCGC